GCCCCAUUGGCUCCGGCGGGGAGCUCCGACCGCCCGCCGCCCAGACGUUUCCUGCCGCGGCCCGACCCGCCUCGCUCUGCGGCCCCAGCGCCGCGCUCCCGCCGCCCCGGCGAGCACCGGCCCCGAUGCUGAGCACGUGCCGUCCCCAGAGACCCUGAGCGUGAGCAGGAUGGAGAGCCGCAAGCGGGACAUGGAGCUGCUGAGCAACAGCAUGGCCGCGUACGCACACAUCCGAGCCAACCCCGAGAGCUUCGGGCUCUACUUCGUGCUGGGCGUCUGCUUCGGGCUGGUGCUGACCCUGUGCCUGCUGGUGCUGCGCCUCUCCUGCCGGUCCCCCCCGCGCCCCCCGGCCCGGCCCAGGGACCUCAGCGAGGACGAGGACGACGAGGACGAGGAAGACGAGGACACUGUGGAUCGCGCGGCAUCCGAGUCGCUGCUGCCCGUGACCGAGAUCCCUCUGGAGAGCCACGGCCCCGGGGACGGGACGCCGGCCGUCAACGUGUUUGCGUCGGCGGAGGAGCUGGAGCGGGCGCAGCGGCUGGAGGAGCGCGAGCGCAUCAUCCGCGAGAUCUGGCGCAACGGGCAGCCCGACAUCCUGGGCACCGGCACCGGCACCCUGGGCCGAGUCCACUACUACUGAGCCCCGGCACCGUGCCCCCGCCGGAGCUGCCAGGGAGCCCGUGUGGCGCCGGGGCUCUGCUCACUGCCCCUGCGCUGGAGCUGCCCCGGAGCGUCCGCACCGCUGCCGUGGGCGUCCCCGGGGCCAGACUCUUCCCCCACUGCUGUGGGACAUGAUGCACUUUGAGCCGUUGGUACGACUGCUGGCACCAGCCAGGGCCCCAGGAGCCUGUUGGGACGUCCCAAGGACAGGGCAGAGCUCUGCCGGGCUCGGCCACGGGCACCGGCCCCGUUGGCUCAGCACCGACCCAUCCCAUCGCCGUGGGGCACGGUCAGGCUGUACAUCCCUGUGGGCUGUGGCAUCCUGCCCCUGAAACAUGGUGCUGUGACACAUUCCCUGCCUGGAGCCCAGCGUGGUGGCUGCUGGGGGGGUCCCAGCUGCCCGUUCCCUCCCCUCAGCCCCACUAAAACCCGCCGUGUCCCUCCCGGCCUCGACCCUUCACCCUCCCGGCGGAUGUUUCCCGCGGGGCUCUGGGUGCUCCCACGGGGCUGGGCCGCAUCCUGCCCACGCUCCCAGCACCGGCCCAGCCCCAUGGGGCCCCGCUGCCCCUUCCCCAGCCCCCUCCCCGACAGCUUUAUAAAAAUAGCUCCUUCCCA